GAUCUAGGGUUUGAUUUUGUGCAUUAACACCUUGCACAAGCCUUUGUCAGCCGCCUCCCUCUUUCCUGCGUCCUCACCGACGGCCCUCCUCGCCGUCGGUCAGCUACAACGACCGCCCAGUCUCCUUACUCGUCUAUUCUCUUUCCGUCUCCUCCCUCGUUUUCCCAAGCGAUCGACUCUUCUGUGCCUUUCUUUCCUCUUGCAGCAGUCUUCUCAAUCAUAGAAAGCCGGUCGCCCUUUUUGCUGCCGUUCCUGGUCGUGCUCUCAUACGUUACUCCUGCUUUAGCUGCUCCUUACUCCGCCUGAGGACACUGUUGCGCCGCAGGAUUCUGUGACCCAAGUCGUCGAGUGGCAUAUAGGCAUAAGGUUUGGUUCAAGAAGAAGCACAAAGCAAGCAGCAUGCAGCAAUCUCCACAUUCACUAGCCCCCAUGUCAGCAGCCCCUGUUGCGAAUAUCACAACAGAACAAAUUCAAAAGUACUUGGAUGAGAAUAAGCAGCUCAUUUUGGCAAUAUUGGAAAAUCAGAACCUCGGAAAAUUGGCUGAAUGUGCUCAGUACCAAGCACAGCUUCAGAAAAACCUACUUUAUCUAGCUGCAAUUGCUGACGCUCAACCUAAUGCACCUGCAGUUCGUCCUCAGCAGAUCAUGCCACAUGGUACGAUACCACAGGGAGGCCCUUUCAUGCAACAAUCACCCAUCUUCCCUCGAGGUCCUCUUCCAUAUAAUCCUCAACAAAUGCAAGGGCAGCUGCAUUCCCAACCCCCAGGAAUGGUGUUCCCAGGCCAUAUGAGCAUUAGGCCCGGUGCUGUCAACGGCUUACAUGGCUCGCAUACUGAACCAUCUCAUGGUGGCACUGCUAAUCCCCUCGCAACUCCAAGCUUGUCUGGAUUCCCACCAACCAACUCAGAUGGACGUGGGAGUAAGCUAGAAGCCGGCAUCGCCAUGGUACCUGCCAUAGCUGAGAGCCACAGGAACUCAGGAAGUGAGCCUGUCAGUGGGGAUGCUGAUCAAUCACAUGCUAAAAGACCAGAGGAUACCAAAACACCAUGAGAAACUUCGUCUCACACGGGUUAGCCAAUCGGUGGACUGUAUGUAUACUUGACGACCAACUACUGCAUGAGUAAUGGCUGUGUAAUCUCUAACUUAAUGUGUUCGGUGCCAGGUCUUAAUCUUAUCUAGUUUAGGGUCGAUGGGUUAUGUUUGAUGGGAAUCGGCAUUGUUCAUGCCUUGGCAAGUAAAAAUAUACAUGAUCACCUCCGUUCCCUGUUUGCUACCAGCUGCAAGAAAUGGUAAUUAAAAUUAAUGCCCCACUAUUUGAUGA